CACACACACACACACUCCCUCCCUGCCUCCCUCAGAGGAGCUGGAGCAUCUGUAGCAGUGCUCAGUGUGUGACAGGCGGGCAGACGGUGCGAACACACACUUUCUCCUCCGGCAGCGUGAGCGCAAGGUGCCCGCAGGAGGUUGUCGGGUCUGUUGUCGCCGGACCGGGGCGCGCCGCGGUGCCCUUGAGGAGGAGGGACAGUUCCCGUCUGCUGCUGCAGGAGGACGAGGAGGUCAAAAAAGAGAAUCAGGAGGAGAACAAAUGGCCAUGAGGAGGUGAUGGAGCGCUGGCGAUGCUCGUGGUGAAUGACUGAGGCCGACGGAGAGUGAAGUUCAACCCGCUGGUCUGCGCGUAAAGCAGGUGUCUGUCCUCUCUCUGAAGUUUCACGAUGGAGUCCACUCACCUCCUGAACAGCUCGAAGAAGAGGGUGAAGAUCCACCCUCACACGGUCACAGCCAAAUACUCCUCGCAGACCCCCUACUCCCCUCAGCCCGGGGUGCACACACACUUCCCGCAGCCCGGGGACGACGGCUACGACGACGCGCCGUCUUUCGAGGACUUUGGCUCUUUCCUGGAGGAGACGUCGGACAGGAAACAGCUGACGGAGAGCAAGAGGUGGCCUCUGACUCUGUUUGGCUCCAAAGACAAAGACAAGGAAUCGGCCCACAAACUUCAGCCUGCCGGUGGGUCAGACGCGAACGAGGGGGCAGCCAAAGCAGCAAAGGGGUCGGGGAAAGGGGUAGGCGAACAGCUGGCCAGUUUUGGGGAGGCAUCUGUGUCUGCGUCUCGCCUCACCUGGGUGGGGCUUCUCGGCGCUGCACUGGCCCACGGCUGUUUGAUCGUUCUGACCCGCCUGGCCUCGGAACGCUUCAGCCUCGGCCCCCUGUUUCUGCUCUUAGUUCGGUCCAUCGUGCAGCUCCUCUCUGUGGCCGUGCCACUGCACAAGGGGGAGAACCCUUUCGGACCGGAGGGCUACCGCCUGCGUCUGCUCUGUUACGGCGUGGCCUACUCACUGUCCCUCUGCUGCGCCUACUCAUCCCUAACCUUCGUCUCUCCCGGAAACGCCACGACGACCUGGCGCCUGGCGACCACGGCGCUGUCAGCGACCCUGGCCUUCCUGCUCCUGGAGGAGAGGCUGGGAUUGGCCGACGGGAUCACCAUAGCCGCGGGGCUGUGUGGUUUGGGGCUUGUGUUGCUUCCCACAGCAGAUGAGAGCAACUCAAAUUCACCGACGGACCCGGUCGUGUUCUGGAGAGGUGCUUUCGGCUGGUCCCUCUCAGCACUUGCGGGACUUUGGAUGGCCCUGGCGCUGGUUGGGUAUCGCUCCCUGAAGGAGAGGGUGGGAGUUGGUACAGCUUUGUUCACAGUGAGCUGGACGGGCUGCCUGGUCGCCCCGGCCUCCCUGGCUCUGCUCCAGGAGGGCUGGUCCUGGCCUACGAGUGCCACAGCCUGGGGCCUGGUCCUGGGCCUGGCCGCCUGCUCGGUGGCAGCCUUCCUGGGGAUGACGCACGCCCUCACGCGGAUCCACCCGGCUCUGGUGUCCGCCUCUCAGAGCCUGGAGGUGCCCGUCGCCAUGCUGCUGCAUCUGGCCGUGCUGCCACUGGUUCCCACGGCGCCCGAGGUCGUCGGGAAUGUGAUGGUCAUACUCAGCGUUGUUUGGCUGGUGGUGAUGAAGCUGCUUCCCUCUCGGGGGGGCGGGCGGCGGCAGCGGGAGGAGUAUGAAGAGAUCCUGGACUCGCCCAUCAAAUGAACACAUCCUCUCCGCUCUUGACACCUCCACUUUCACGUCUGCUCACUCUCUCUUUCGUGAGAUCGGUUCCAGUGUACAUAAGAGACUGCUAGAUGAUGAUUGGAGCUUUAUCGAUUUUGUAUUGUCCUCCUUGCUUUCGGGAAAGUGCCAAUAUCGUGUCGUCUGUUAUUGUGACUAUGUGAUGUGACAUUAAAAUUCUCUGAUGAAUACGA